AUUCGCGUCGAUACUGUCCUUCACCGCACUAAAUUCACUUAACCAAAGCCAACUACAUAUUCUGACUUAGUACAGGAAAAACGCACAAUUCAUAAUCAUGUUCCAGUUAAAAUGUGAAGCAAAAUGCUACGACUGGGGCCGUGUCGGUCGCAACUCCUUAGCAGCAAAUUUCGCUGAGGCCGGAAGUGACUUGAUUGUCGAAAAUGACAAACCCUAUGCAGAGCUUUGGAUGGGAUCUCACACCUCUGGUCCCUCAUUCUGUAAGCAAUCCGGAAAGCCUCUGAGCGAAAUUUUGGAUGAAAAGACUAUGGGCCCAAGGAUUUUUGAAGUUUAUGGCAAGACUCUUCCUUUCUUGUUUAAGGUGCUCUCCAUCGAGAAGGUUUUGUCAAUUCAGGCUCAUCCAGACAAGCAAUUAGGUAAGAAAUUGCACGCACUUGCUCCUGAACAUUACAAGGAUGACAACCACAAGCCGGAAAUGGCGAUCGCUCUCACUGAUUUCAGUGCUCUUUGUGGAUUUCGUCCCGUGGAACAACUCAUUGAAUUCUUAAACAACAUUCCCGCAUUAAACGAGUUCGUUGGCCAGGAAGCUGUUGAUGAAUUUUUUAAAUCUUACAAGCAAGAUCAGCGUGCUGCUUUAAAGAACUUAUUUAAUGUCGUUAUGCGCCAAUCUAAUGACCGUAUUGCUCAAUACACCGACAAACUUGUCGCUGCUGCCGAGCAAAAUCCCGUUGACUUCGGCGGUAAGAAGUUUGGCGGCAACAGUUUGGCAAACUUAAUUGUCCGCCUGAACAAACAAUUCCCUCAUGACAUCGGUUUGUUUGUCACGCUCUUCCUUAACUAUGUAUCCCUUCGUCCAGGCCAAGCCGUUUUCUUGCGUGCCCUGGAUCCUCAUGCCUAUGUCUCUGGUAACAUCAUUGAGUGCAUGGCUGCCAGCGACAAUGUUAUUCGUGUUGGCUUCACUCCAAAGUACAAGGAUGUAAACACACUUGUUGAAAACUUGACUUAUCAAACCGCAAACGCCGAGGAACAAUUGACUAUUCCAGUACCUUUUGCUGGUGCCAAUGGCGAGGGCAAGACGUUGCUGUACGAUCCCCCCAUUGAGGAGUUUAGCAUUCUCCAAACCGUCGUCCCCAAUGGUAAGAAGCAGAGUGUUAGCUCCAUCAAGGGACCUAGCAUUGUGCUUACCACGGAGGGCAACGGUUCCAUCGUCGGCAAGGACGGUUCAGAAAUUUCUCUUUCCCCAGGUACCGUCGUCUUCGUUUCCGCCGACUACGAUAUUACGUUCACUGCCUCAUCCGACUUGACAGUUUAUCAGGCCUUUUGCUCCAUUUAAAUCCCCCUCUUAUGACCUGAUAAGACUCUCACUUUUACACCCCUAUUGACAAUCCUUUUUCGCUCAUAAGCAAUUUUCCGGAAAACAAAAUUUAUGUUAUUUUUUUGGUUUUAUGACUAGUCUACUGCGAUGUGCUGAACAGUGCGGAGAUUUGUUAUAUUUUUCGUUUUCCAAAAGCCAAAAAGAGAAAUAAACCGAGUCAUAAACAAGAAGGAGAAAGAAGGAGAGAAAGUGCUACAACGGAUCGUCUAAUGGAGAAAAUGAAUUUUUGGCUUACUUUAAGCAUCUGCCAGCAGGAGUAAUAACUGCUUAGUAGAACUCAAAGUAGGCACUACCACCGGUGACAGCAACAGUGCAACCAUCGCUGCUGUCAGCAUUGUGGAAUUCACCGUCCUCAUAAUAGCACUCACUGCUGAGUUCACCACCGUCAGACUUGACACGAAUGUUGUAGUCAAGCGUAGAAGUGGCAAGGGGGUUGAUGAACAUGGAAAUCCAGGUCUUACCAUCCUUAAGGCCAGAACCGAAGUUCAUGGGAGCCCAGUUUCCGUAAUCGUCACCCUCGUUACCCCAGACACAGGCUUCCUCAGCGGUCUUGCCCUUCUUGUUGACAUAGUAUUGCGCGGACGUCUCACCACCCUUCCAAGUGUAGUAAGAUGAACUGUCGACAACAGAGAGUGGUUGCUGACUUCCACCAUCAAUGAAAGUGGGAACAACCAUGUUCUCUGUACCGGGGUAGUCCGUCCGGCAGAUAGCGACACCCUCACCCAAAGUAUUCUUCACGUAUGCGGAGUCAUCGUCCGACUUACACAACGAACUGGUACCGUUCUGUGUGAGGUAAAGCUUUCCGUCCUUGCAAAGCAAACCACCAACGGAGACACCGUUCGAGGGCUGAUCGGAAGGCCAUUGAGUCUUUGACAUACCAGGCUUGCAUGCGUACGAGCAAUAAGUGUUGUCCUGACAGGUCUCGGCAGUACCGUAAGCACCGUCAUUCUUUUGGACACCAGUCCAACCGCCGAAGCCAAGAUAGUCGAGGCGAACCACACCGUCCUGGUCUUCGGGAAAGUCGGAACAGUCGUACACACCGUUCUCGAAACCACCGUCACGAGCGACACGAAUCUUCGAAGACGUAUCGCCCAAAGCAGCAAUGGCUUCGUCGAUAGCAGCAGUGACGUUGUAAGCAGACUUCUUGGCAGUCUCGGCCACGUGGACAUGACCGUGUUUGCUGCUGCGAGCAUGGUUACCCAUGGGCAUAGCGCUGGCACAAAGAGGUGCAAUGGCAAAGAGUGAGAAAAGAAUGUUGGAGAGCAUUUUGAAUGAGCGACAAGUCGAUACUAAGGAAUGAAAGACUUGGAAAAGAAUGAAUUGAUGAUCUCCAAAGAAUGAGGGAUAUGGUUUGGUUGAAUGGAUUCCAGACCUUAUAUACCUAAAUCCUUCUCGUCCAACUUCUAACAAUUCAUUAUUGAUCUUGUUCUUCGUGGCAAUUGCCACAUCUAACUUGCAAUUUUGCAUCCAUGGUUGGCCUCAAAACCGGUCGCGUCGGGUGUCGGCGGCAGUAGCAUAUAUGCGCAGAUAGGUGUCGGUAGCGGUGCUCAUUGGCGGACACGGUAGUUACAGUUUGGGGUAUCUCUAAUAGCUUCGUUAUCUAUUGGUCCA